UGCACCAGCAGUAGCAGCACCAACGGCUCUACAUGUGUGUGCUUGCGCGUGAAUAUGUGUGUGUGAGAAACGAAAAUAAAACGGGAUCUAUUGGCCGCUGCCAAACGUUGCCACCCCGCUAGGCUAAAGUUCUUCCAGGCAAUGAUGUAAAUGGGGAGUGCGACAGCGACGUUACAACAAUUGCAACGUACCCCACGGCACCAACAACAACAACAAUAACUAAAUCUUCCACCACCACUACCACCAGCAGCAGCAACGCCACCACCAACAAUAGCAACUGUUACAAAUAUAGCAGCAGCAACAACAAUAACAACAACAACAAAAGAAAACCCCGCCAACCCCCUCGUUCGUGUAGUAGCCUUGUAAAGAAGUAUUUUUACGAUUUUGCUUUACUCGCCCUUCAAUCGUCGUCGUCAGGCAAGGCAACGGACAAACGAGCAACCAAGCGAGAAACGCACAAACACACACACGCAAAGGCAAGGCUGCUGCCACGCCUCCUUCCUCUGCCUCAGCAACUGCCACCUUCAGACAGAGUUGCAAUGGACUCGGACAUUGAAAUGGAAAUGGAGUCGGACAACGAUGGGGAAUUUGACGACGAUUAUGAUUACUAUAAUACAGGCGAAGACUGCGAUGUCGAGAGACUUGACCCGAAGCGCGCCGAUCCCGAGUAUUUCGAAUACGAGUGCCUAACCGUCGAGGACAUUGAGAAGCUACUGAAUGAGCUGGUGGAGAAAUUGAACACAAUACUACAAAUAACGCCUUCAUUGGCCAAGGUGCUGCUGCUCGAGCACCAGUGGAACAAUGCGGCUGUGGUGGAGAAGUAUCGGCAGGAUGCGAAUGCACUGCUCGUGUCGGCGAGAAUCAAGCCACCCACCACAGCCGUGGAGACGGCCUCGACGAGUGCUGCUGCGGCUGCCCAACUGCGCUUGAGCAGCAGCAGCGGCUACAGGACAUCAUCAUCAGCAUCGACAUCAUCGCUAACAACAGCUGCCAGCGGCAAUCCUCAGCAACAGCAACAGUCACAGCCACAGCGACGAAUGUGUCCGGUGUGUGCGAGCACGCAGCCGAAUGACAAGUUCUAUAGCUUGGCGUGUGGACACUCGUUUUGCAAGGAUUGCUGGACCAUUUACUUUGAGACACAAAUCUUUCAGGGCAUCUCCAUUCAGAUUGGCUGCAUGGCCCAGCAGUGUAAUGUCCGGGUGCCCGAAGAUUUGGUACUGACUCUGGUCACACGGCCAGUAAUGCGGGACAAGUACCAGCAGUUUGCUUUCAAGGACUACGUAAAAUCGCAUCCGCAGCUGCGUUUCUGUCCCGGCCCCAAUUGCCAAAUCAUUGUGCAAUCGUCGGAGAUCUGUGCGAAGCGUGCCAUCUGCAAGGUGUGCCAUACGGGCUUCUGCUUCAAGUGCGGCAUGGACUACCAUGCGCCCACAGACUGUCAGAUCAUCAGGAAGUGGCUGACAAAGUGCGCCGAUGAUAGCGAAACAGCCAACUACAUUAGCGCCCAUACCAAAGACUGUCCCAAGUGUCACAUCUGCAUCGAGAAGAACGGCGGCUGCAAUCACAUGCAGUGCUUCAACUGCAAGCACGACUUCUGCUGGAUGUGCCUGGGGGAUUGGAAGACGCACGGCUCAGAGUAUUACGAAUGCUCGCGCUACAAGGAUAAUCCCAAUAUAGCCAACGAAUCGGUUCAUGUGCAGGCGCGCGAGGCACUCAAAAAGUAUUUGCAUUACUACGAGCGCUGGGAGAACCAUUCCAAGUCUCUCAAGCUCGAGCAACAGACAAUCGAUCGACUGCGUCAGCGUAUCAAUACGAAGGUGAUGAAUGGCAGCGGCACCUGGAUCGAUUGGCAAUACCUAUUCAAUGCAGCCGCGCUGCUAGCCAAAUGUCGAUAUACCCUGCAAUAUACGUAUCCAUAUGCCUACUAUAUGGAACCGGGAUCCCGCAAAAAUCUGUUCGAAUACCAGCAGGCGCAGCUGGAGGCUGAAAUUGAGAAUCUGUCAUGGAAAAUCGAGCGAGCAGAGACAACGGAUCGUGCUGUGCUCGAGAAUCAAAUGGAUAUAGCAGAAAAGCGUCGCACCACACUACUCAAAGACUUUUUUCCCGUGAUUGUAAAAACAUAGGCUUUCACUCAUUCACAAUGUCCCAUCCUCAUUCCCAUCCGAAUCCCUUUCCCUCCGCAUUAGCACAAGAAAGAGAAGAUUUUCAUUUUAAAAAUUUAGUGACUCGCCACUCGACAGUAUAAGUAGACGCUUAUAUUAUAACUAUAUUAUAUAUGUGCAUAUACAUAUAAUGUAGUCUAACAAUUUGUAGCUAAUUUUUAAAUAAAUAUUUCAAGUGCAUAUGUAGCUAUAAUCUAAAGUAUGUUUAAUAUAUAUAUAUAUAUACACAUGUAUAUAUAUAGUUGUGAACUUCGAUGUCACUCAAAACUCGAUUCAACUGCAAUACAACGCCUUGCGCAAACAACAAAUUAGCGAGUGCUAUCCAUAGUUUUCCAAAAACAAAUUGUAAUCUUUAAUAACGCCAGCAAAACUCCAACAACAACAAUUAACAAUGAACAUUUUGUGAGAGAAUUGCAGGAAUUAAAAUCAUGAAUUAGCUCUAAGUCGUAUUUACGUAUUGUAG